GUAAAUAAUUCCACCUUUUACAAGCAAGCGGAAAGCAGAAAGGGGACAGCUCUACGCAGAGACGCAGAGCUUCUACUUUACAACUUUACAGCUUUACAACUUUACAACUCGGAAUUAUCUGUUAUCUGUCUAAGCCCAUAUUUUCCGAAUACCUGAAUAUUACAACCCUGAAAACUACCUUAAAAUACUUUUAAGUAGUAGUUACAUCCAACCUGUACCUUUUCGUCAAGAUGCCUGUAGAUUAUAGCAAGUGGGAUGCUCUGGAGCUUAGCGAUGACUCCGACAUCGAGGUUCAUCCAAAUGUCGACAAGCGUUCCUUCAUUCGCGCCAAGCAAAACCAAAUUCACAUGGAGCGACAGCAGCGUAAGCUCCAGAUCGAAACUUUGAAAUACGAACGACAAGUGAACGAUGGCCUGUUAAAGAGAAUAACAAGCCUUCUCAAUGCCUUGAAGGCUCAUGCUGCCGAAGCAGAGACCCGGAACCCUGCCGAGGUCGCUUUCCAAGCUGUCAUGGAAUCAGCUGGCAGACCAGAGGACGACAAGCCGCCUGCUCGACCUGAAGGGGUCCACGCCCAAGAAGAACAGCCACCCACAUAUACUAAAAUGAUGGCGACUCUGCUAGACCAGGUCAACAAGGAGCUAGACGAGAAGAAACCCGAGAACCGUUACAAUGCCAUGGUGGACGAGAUCGGCGUACAUCUUAACAAGGUCCAGGACUUACAGCAACAGCUAUUAACCAAGUUGGCUGAAUUAGAGAAGGAAGAAAGUCGCAAGAUUACAAGCGAUAGCAUCCACACGGGAUUCGAUAGUUCACAUAUCAACAAGUCGGCACCGUCUGCACAUGGAGAGAAGAAAGCUGACGACACCAAAGUGGAGCUUCUUAACCCCAACUUCUCGCUGUCUAAACCAGGAGAGUCCAAUUCAACAGAAGGAGAAGAUGAAGAUGACGACGACAAGGAAGUCACGGCUUCGCCCGAUGCCCAAAAGUUUGCGAAAAUCGAGGCAUCCGACUAUCGAGAAAGCCACGCCUUUAUUAGCACACAUCCGCACAUCCUAUCCGAGAAGGAAACGGACGGUAUCCUGAUUAUGGCAUUCGACGCGCAACUGGAAGGGAAGGAUGACUUCGCACGACAGUGCGUUCACCAGGCUCUCCUAUUACAGUAUUGCCGCGCAUUAGGCAAGGAUGGUGUCUCGCUCUUCUUCAAGCGUAUCACUACCAAAGGUCACCAAGCUCAGGAUGUUUUCUAUAAGGAUGUACAAGAUACAUACUAUAGAAUCAAGAACCGUGCGGCUGCAAUUGCCGCCCAGCGAGAAGCUGAAGGCGGUUCUGGAGAAGGAGUGGAACAGAUCCAAUUACACGCUGUGGAGCCGGGCACCGAAAUCAAGAUUAGGAUCCCCUCCGAAAAGGGAGAGGACGAGGCUGAGAAGAGGGGCCGCGAGAUCUUCGAAGGGUUCUCCCCGGAAAUGCAAAAAGCCUUGGAAUCGGGUAGUUUGGACAAGGUGAACGAAGUGUUAGGCAAGUUGAAGGUGGAAGAUGCCGAGAAUAUCGUUUCUCUUUUGAGUGAAGCUGGAAUCUUGAGCGUAGAGGAAGAAAUAAUAGACGCCACUACGGAGGCGGGACAGAGACAUCUGAAGGAGAUGGAAGAACAAGCGGCCGAUCCGGAGUAGGUAAUCGUAUCGCCUUAGCUACAGCUUGGCAAAGAGAGGGAUCUUGUGAUGACGAAAAGCACGAAGACAUGAUAACUAGAACCCAAGGCAAAACUUGCAAGUAUUGACGUCUCCGUCUCCGUGAUUAUUCGGGCGACUGUAACAGUAACAAUACGGGGGAGGGGGACUAAUUAGGGAUACCACUUUAGUUUAAUCAAGGUAUUUUAGGUAUCGUGUUGGCUAUUGUUCGCCUCCCUUGAUCUCGUAAGGACAAUAUAAUGAUAUUGCAUAUGA